AUGCUCACAUCCAGCGGCACGCCCACAGCCGGCCAGGAGGGGCAGGUAAGUCCCACCAACUCGACCAACCCCACCAACGUGGCCAACCCCGCCAGCGCAUCUAACCCCACCGGCCGGGAAGCGAAAUCCGAGUGGCUGGUGUACCCCCAAUCCAACUACGAGUUUAACAUCGUCGAAAAACUGAAGAGCAAGUUUCUCAUGGACACAGACAAGUGCAAGAAGCGAAUAAAUGCAUACAACCAAAAUGGGAUCAGAAACUCAGCAUUGGCCAUUAUCCUCUGCCACAGGUAUGAAUACCCACAUCUACUGUUGCUACAGAAUAUAGAAAACCAGACGUACCACCUUCUAAGUGGGAAGUACAGGUCGUGGGAAAAACCCAGAGAAGUGUUAAAAAAAAAACUACAAAAGUACAUAAAUCAAAUUAGGGACAUGCAUUUCGCAACUAGCCAUUUUAACGCCGAAGAGAAGGAAACUGAAGAUCCCAUCGAGAUUGGAGAAUUCCUAGGGGAGUGGUGGAAAACCCAAUUCAAUUCCGUCUACCUUCCCUACUUACCUGCACAUAUAACAAGACCGAAGGAGUACAUACGGUUAUAUCAAGUGACGCUAACUUCUAGGUGCAUUUUUCAUCUACCUCCGGGGUUUACCCUUAAGGCUUUGCCCCUGUUCGAUUUGGGCAGCUGCGGAGUGGCCAUCGGGGGGCUCACCAGCGUCCUCUCCCGGUUUAAGUUGCACUGCAUGGUGCCCGUGGAGGAGGGCCAGGACGAGUAA